AUGGCAGAAAUGUCUAAGAUCCCAAUCCUGGACAAUGAAAAGAUUCACGAUCUUUUGAUCAACCUUUCCAAAGACGAAACAAUUGAAUUUCGGCAAGUCAUUGAACGAACCUUCGAACAAUUCUCCGUCGGUGGCGAACGUCAAUACCAGCCAACGCCAAAUGUCACCAACCGUCCUAAUGGGCAAAGCAUCCUCUUCAGACCUUUUACAUCAAACACCAGUAUCGGCACUAAGAUCACUGUGGAUUCUACGCCCGGGCAGGAUGGCAAAAAGGAUCCUCUGCACGGCGUCAUCGUUCUAUGCGAUGGGAAAGGCAAUCCGAAGGGUCUUCUUAGCUCGGAGGAAGUAACUGGCUAUCGCACUUCGAUGAAUUCCAUGGUUCCUUUCUCCUGGAGAAAGAAUGUUGAAAAUAUCAUCAUCUUUGGCAGUGGCAUGCAGGCUUUGUGGCAUACACGACUGAUACUUAGGCUGAGAGGCCCGGAAGUAAAAAAAAUCACCUAUGUCAGUCGCGUCAGACAUCGGGUCGACCAUCUAAUUGCGAAAGUGUCUGAGGAAAAUCUCGCCCACUGGAAAUCGAACUGUUGCUUUGAUUUUGUCGAUAACACCACCUCCGACUUUGAGCAAAUUCUCAAGCUUCACUUGAGCAAUGUCGAUUGCAUAUUUUGCACUACGCCAUCCACGAAACCCCUUUUCUCGGCGAUCCAUCUACCCGAAGAAAAGGGAAGGUGCCCUUUCAUAUCCGCCGUUGGUUCAUGGCAGCCUGACAUGAUCGAGUUGGAUCCUUCCAUACUGAGACUUGCCGUGUCCUCCAGUGCUGGAUGCAAUCCUAUCACCGGGGAGGAAAAGGGUUUCAUCCUUGUGGACGAUCGUGAAUUUGCUCUUCAGAGCUCUGGGGAGCUUAUUCAAAGUCAGACUGAUGCUAAGGAUGUCAUUGAGCUGGGUGAGAUUAUUGCCCUAAAAGGCGGAAAGGCUUUAUCCGACUGUAUGACGCAUUCGAAGAUCCAAAAUAUAGACCAAUUUAUCUCGGAGGGACUCGUUAUUUACAAAAGUGUCGGAUUGAGUCUCACGGACUUGACUCUGAGCGAUGCCAUCCUCAAAAUGCUAAGACAUUGA